AUGUCCAGCACUACCCUUGGCGGCUUUUUGCCCCUUCGAUUUGAUUCCUUGGAACUACCACAGCUCUCGAUUCAGAGGACUGGAACAUAUUUACCGGCCAGGCUCGCUGCUGGAUUUAGCUUGACUCUGCUUGCAAUUGUGUUUUUCUGGGCAUCUCAGAAGACUUCCCGUACUACCACGAUAAUUGGCUUUUCAAAGCAACGAUAUCGCGCCUGGACCUAUCUAUUUGCCGGGCCCGGCAUCAUUCAGCAUGAGUUUCUCAAGUCUCUCGGGAAGCCUUUCGAGGUCCACGCUCCGGAUGUCCGUAUGGUCUUUGUGUCUUCGCCUGAGCAUAUCAAGGAACUCGACCGUGCUCCCGACACGGUGCUGUCCCUUAACGGCGCCGCAAAGCAUAUGCCUCAGCCUGUCUACACGAUGAACAGCUUCAACUGGUUUGACCGUCGAGGGGUUGAAGGCGUCGGCUUCGUCCGCACCCUUCGCACUCUCCUAACCAACCACUUGCCCCAGCUACUUCCGGAUCUUUCGUUGCUAGCACACUCACGCUGGGAAGAGUUGCUGUCCACCAAGCCCACAGUGAAUGGGGCGAUCAGCGCUCCCUUGUAUCCGAUGAUGGUCAACAUGGUCGUACUCUUGAAUGCCCGAUCUCUGUUCGGGGAAGAGCUCAUCAAGGACCAGCGUUUUAUGAAUUCGGCGCUGGGGUAUGUCGAGAAGACCUUGCUCAACACCGAGAUUGUCAAGCUGCUACCCAAGUUUCUCGCCCCCGCUGUAGGCGGCGCUCUGAGCUAUUGUCUUAAUUCUCACAAGACUUUUUUCAAGAGUUUGAUGCCAGCUACAGAACAGCGCAUUGCGGAAAAAGACCAAAGGAAUCUAGGCCAGUCAGCUCCACAGCGGAACGACUGCAUCCAGUGGAUCAUUGAUACUGCACCUAAACAAAACGCUUGGUCGGCUGAGCGGGUCAUUUACGAGCUGAUGGCCAUUUGGUUUGGUUCUGUUCAUAUUCUUUCAAUGACCAUUGUUUACGUCAUCCACGACCUUUGUCUCCAUCCUGAGUACAUCGAUCCGAUCCGACGUGAGCUGGAAGCCUCGUAUGACGAGUUCGAAAGAACAGGCCAUGGCCUGCCACUUCUUGACAGCUUCAUCAAGGAAUCAGCCCGCUUGACUCCGGUCGAGUCUAUGAGCGUCCGGCGCUGCGCUCUUCGUCCUUUCAGCAUGUCAGAUGGGACCAAGCUUGAAGUCGGGGAAUGGGCCUGCGCACCUGCCGGCGCCAUAAAUACCAGAGAAGACUAUUAUCCAUCCCCGAAAUCGUUCUCGGGCUUCCGCUUCGUGGAUCCAGCACUACUCGCCGCCGUCGAUGAGGACACAAAUCCGCCCGCAGCAAGGCAAGCAAAACACUCCAAGCUGACGGAUGUCGACCAUUCGUUCUUGAUGUGGGGUACUGGACGCAUGGCCUGUCCUGGCAGAUUCUACUCUGCCGCAUUCAUGAAGAUCAUUGUGGCUCAGCUCCUGAUGAACUACGACUUCACGCUUGCCAACCCCGAAGCUCCACGCUGGAUCUCCUGA